CCGCGUUUGGCCCGGCUCAGGCGCCGUGACAAAGUCUUUGCGCAUGUGCGGGGUGAAACGGGAAGAAGGUGAAGAUGGCGGCGGCCAGGGCGGGGGUCCUGGGAGUCCGGUGGCUGCAAAAGGCAGCCCGAAACAUGGUGCCGAUGGGUGCACGGACAGCCUCCCACAUUACCAAGGACAUGCUCCCGGGACCCUAUCCCAAGACCCCAGAAGAACGGGCUGCUGCCGCCAAGAAGUAUAAUAUGCGGGUGGAAGACUACGAGCCGUACCCAGAUGAUGGCAUGGGGUAUGGUGACUAUCCGAAACUGCCUGACCGCUCACAGCAGGAGAGGGAUCCAUGGUAUGACUGGGACCACCCAGACCUGCGGUUGAACUGGGGUGAACCGAUGCACUGGGACCUGGACAUGUAUAUCAGGAACCGUGUGGACACGUCCCCGACUGCUGUUAAUUGGAACCUCAUGUGUAAGCACCUCUUCGGGUUCGUCGCCUUCAUGCUGUUCAUGUUUUGGGUAGGGGAGACUUACCCCGCCUACCAGCCUGUGGGGCCAAAGCAGUAUCCUUACAAUAAUCUGUAUCUGGAACGAGGUGGUGAUCCCAACAAAGAACCUGAGCCAGUGGUUCACUAUGAGAUCUGAGGAGGCUUCGUGAGCUUUGUGUUCCUUAGCUGACUCCUUCAACUGGAGAAAUUUAACUUUAAUGAAACCCGUAAUAAAACUUAGUGCUGUG